AUGACACUGAGUUCCUCUCCGCGAGUCAUUCCCCAGAGUUUCGCCGGAUCAGGCCUGGACCUGGACCAGGACCAGAGCUAUCCUUUCUUCUUUCGGGAGAUCAUUCGAGCCCGACGACAAGUGACACUGGAGUUAGUGCGAGUCCAGCCUCAUCUGGUACAUGACAUGAGCUGGCCUGAAGUCCACAAGACCACAAGGGGCAUGGCCAAACCUGAAGCCAAGAACCAUACAGAGUCCAAAGCCGCCAAUCAGAACGCACCGCAUCGCAGAGUCUUAGAUGACAACCUGGGAGUGAAAGACGAAAUGGAGGAGCUUGCGAGGCUGCAGGAGCUUGCGAGGCUGCAGGAGCUUGCGAGGCUGCAGGAGCUUGCGAGGCUGCAGGAGCUUGCGAGGCUGCAGGAGCUUGCGAGGCUUCAGGAGCUUGCGAGGCUGCAGGAGCUUGCGAGGCUGCAGGAGCUUGCGAGGCUGCAGGAGCUUGCGAGGCUGCAGGAGCUUGCGAGGCUGCAGGAGCUUGCGAGGCUUCAGGAGCUUGCGAGGCUGCAGGAGCUUGCGAGGCUGCAGGAGCUUGCGAGGCUGCAGGAGCUUGCGAGGCUUCAGGAGCUUGCGAGGCUUCAGGAGGCCGAGGAGUCGGAGGAGCACAUGGCCACCCAACAGGAGGACCAGGUGCAAGGCCUUUGUUCUCACUGUGGGAGAGAGAGGAGCAGGAGGAGAGAGAGGAGAGAGAGGAGCAGGAGGAGGAGAGGAGAGAGAGAAGCAGGAGGAGAGGAGGAGAGAGAGGAGAGAGAGGAGCAGGAGGAGAGGAGGAGGAGGGAGAGGAGAGAGAGGAGCAGGAGGAGAGAGAGGAGAGAGAGGAGAGAGAGGAGCAGGAGGAGAGGAGGAGGAGGGAGAGGAGAGAGAGGAGCAGGAGGAGAGAGAGGAGCAGGAGGAGAGGAGGAGGAGAGAGAGGAGCAGGAGGAGAGAGAGGAGAGAGAGGAGCAGGAGGAGGAGAGGAGAGAGAGAAGCAGGAGGAGAGGAGGAGAGAGAGGAGCAAGAGGAGAGGAGGAGAGAGAGGAGAGAGAGGAGCAGGAGGAGGGAGAGGAGAGAGAGGAGCAGGAGGAGAGGAGGAGAGAGAGGAGCAGGAGGAGAGGAGGAGAGAGAGGAGCAGGAGGAGGGAGAGGAGCAGGAGGAGGAGAGGAGGAGGAGGAGAGGAAUGGAGCAGGAGGAGAGGAGGAGGAGGGAGAGGAGCAGGAGGAGAGGAGGAGGAGGGAGAGGAGGAGGAGGAGAGAGAGGAGCAGGAGGAGAGGAGGAGGAGGGAGAGGAGGAGGAGGAGAGAGCGGAGCAGGAGGAGAGGAGGAGGGAGAGGAGCAGGAGGAACAGAGAGGAGUACCAUUUUGUUUGAAUAACUCGCCCAUCCUCCCCCCUGUCUCCCCCCUGUCUCCCCCCCUGUCUCCCCCCUGUCUCCCCCCUGUCUCCCCCCCUGUCUCCCCCCCUGUCUCCCCCCUGUCUCCCCCCCUGUCUCCCCCCCUGUCUCCCCCUCACUCAACAUGCAAUCAUGAAAGCAGUGGACGAGCUAAGUGCUAA